AAAAGUCAUCACAUUCUAACCAGUCCCCUGGCACUACUUAUUCCUUUGUCUUUGAAAAGUUCUGAGUCAGUGCCCCAUUACACAGCAGAAAGAAGACAAGAUUUUAACCCCUUAAGGAGAACAGAAAGAACUCUCCCUGUCACCACCACAAACAUCUACAUUCUGCUCUCUUUCCUGAACACUUCCUAUCAGAGGAGGAGAAUCAGAAAUCAUAGCUCCUUUAUUGUCAUAAGAAUCAACUUGCUCUCUGACAAAAUGGUUGAUCAUCUUGUUGGAACGUGGAAAUCAACUUCUUGUGAAAAUUUUGAUGAAUACAUGAAACAAAUGGGAGUGGGAUUAGCCACCAGGAAGCUGAGCAGUUUGGCCAAACCUGUCAUGAUCAUCAGUGCAGAAGGGGAUUUGAUUACCAUCAAAACCAAAAGCAUCUUUAAAAACAAUGAAAUCUCUUUUAAGCUGGGAGAAGAGUUUGAAGAAACCACACUAGAUGACCGAAAAACCAAGAAUGUCGUAACCUUGGACAGUGGCUCUUUGAAUCAAGUUCAGAAUUGGGAUGGCAAAGAGACUACUAUAAAAAGAAAGCUGGUGGAUGGAAAAAUGGUGGUGGAAAGUGCCAUAAAUGACACAAUUUGCACUCGAAUAUAUGAGAAAGUGUGA